UUCUCCUCCACCCCUUGCUGCCUGCCCAGCGCAUGCUUCCUAGGUAGCAAGUCCUCAGUGUCCGUGGAAGCAACGGGCCCUGGCAUUGCCUGGGCUCUGCCCAGCUCCCUUCCUCUCCCUGCUCUGCUUUCUGCCUCUGUGCCAUCUGGCAGGGCAGCCCCGCGCACCAGCUUCCCGCUUCCAGGCAGCUGCCACAGCAGCCCUGUGGCUGGGGUCUGCCCUGGCCUUCUGCUUUUGGGUGGGGUUUUUUUUGGCUCUUGGACUGUGACACCUGCCAGCUAGAUGUGAAAGCUUAACGGCGCUAAUGGGGAGGCGUGACGGAUGCCCCCACUCUGGCUGAGUGAGCAGCACUUUGGUUCAGGCAUCGCCAACAAGCAGGCCUGACUGAUACCAGCCCUGCCGUGCAAACCGUGAGAACCACGUGCAGCCACAUCUUCCCAGGGACCAAGGAAUCGAGGACAUGUCUUAUCAGGAGAUAACAGCACCAGCCAAAGCUGGGACUAGACAAAACUAAAACUGCCACAGCUGCACAACUGCACAAACACCAAGGCGGGGUUUGACUACGUGUGCAUCACUUUACGCUAUAAAUACCUGUAGCCUCCCCGAGCCCAUUGAGCAAUCCUGCACGGCACCAGGCUGCACGGCGGGCAUCUCUCCCUUGGGCAGGGGGAAGGUAACCUCUCAAGGUUAUUCCUCGAGGCUGAGAGACCCUUUACGCGGCAUCUGAUAUCUACAGCGAGAUGUCGUGCCCAGAGGAACUGGCUGUCCUGCCAGAUGAGGACCUGCUUGACUUCCUCCUAAAGGAUGAUGCUCCCUGCCCUGAAAUCCCAGGGGAGGAGAAAUGUCUGAUGGAAGACUGGGACCUGCCAGAGCCUGAGCUCCUGGACAAGGAUGUGGAUGACUUCAUCAGCUCCCUGUUGAGCUCCUUUGAAGAUGAACCGGGCACACUGCAGGGUUAUUCGCCUGCUGACAGUGACAGCGGCAUUUCUGAGGAUCAGCAUCUGUCCCAUAGCCCUGGCAGCGGCUUUGCCGGCAGCCCUCAGCGCUCAGACAUUGUGCAGGUUGAUCACAACUAUUCCCUCCAUCAGAAUUCGCCUGUGCUGGAAAGUGUGAGGUCUGACAUGGCAGAAGGAGAUGUUUCCAUUGACCUUGGGACAUGGAUGGGUUUCGAAGGCCCAAGCAAGGCACUGGAAGAGAGCUCCAGCUUCCCCAUUGCUGUUGCAGUGGAAGCUGGACCCCAGCUUGUGCCUGAAGCCAUCGUGCAGUCGGACUUCCCAGAGCUGGUCCUGACAGAGGAGGAGAGGCAGCUGCUGGAGAAAGAAGGUGUUUCAUUACCAACCUGUCUGCCACUGACCAAAGCUGAAGAGCAGCUUCUGAAGAAAGUGCGUCGGAAGAUCCGGAACAAACAGUCAGCCCAGGAUAGUCGUCGCAGGAGGAAGAUCUACGUGGAUGGCCUGGAAAACAGGGUGGCAGCCUGCACAGCUCAGAACCACGAGCUGGAGAAGAAGGUGCAGCAGCUCCAGCAGCAGAACACGUCACUGCUCGAGCAGUUGCAGAAACUGCAGGCCUUGGUGAGACAGUACACCGCCAUAACUACCACAGGAAAAACCCGCGUCAUGGUCAUGGUUCUGUCCUUCUGCCUCAUUCUCUCCCCCAGCAUCUGCUCAUUUGGGAGCAGAGAGCCACAGCCGGAGCUCAGAGUGCUGUCACGGCAGAUCCGCGAGAUCCCAAACGAGGUAGCACCUGAUGUGCAGGACGACGCUGCGCUGGAGGGGUUCAGCCCAGAGCCUGAGGACCCCUCGCUGUCAGGCAGCCUCAAUCAAUCACAGGAAGAGGGGCACAGCCCACCCAACCCGAAUCCCAGAUCUUCUUUCAACAGCAACUCAUCCUCUGACCCUCCAGUGGCAGCCGGUUCCGAGCUGAGCCCUUCCCAGCCUCAGGAGCAGCGCUCGCAGAGCAACCCUCUGCAGGCAGCGGUGGCGUGGCAAGCUGAGAGGCAGGAGUUGGUGGAACGCUCUGCCACAGUUGUCAUCGAGCUGCACCAUGCUGAUGAGAUGUGACCACCACUGCCUCCUGCCUCGGGGGGUGAUGCUGGGCACCCUGCCAGGCAGGGACAAACAGAGCUGCAUUAACAAAUAAUCUAUCAAAGCAGAAUCUUCUGACCACUCUCCCGAUUGCUGGCAGCUCAGAGGGUUUACUGGGGAGGGAUAGUUUUAUAGUUGAUCUGUUCUGACACUUUGCUUUGUAUAUCUAUAGCAGGACUCCAUCCUGAGAUGGGGUAGGAAACUGGGAGCUUUGCUACGGCUGCUGACGUGGCCUGCAGCCCAGGGUGCGUCCCGUGGCUCGCAGGGAUGGGCUGUGGCAUGGAGGGUGAAGGCGGUCGGGCCUGAGGUGCCCGUACAUGGUCUGACUGGAUGCAGUUGGUGAUGGAGGCCGCUGCCCUGCUUCUUCCCUGCCCAGGUGGAGGUGAACAGGCUGGGUCCUGCACUUCUUACCAUGUCUGGUGGCCGCAAGCAUCUGUCCCUUGUCCUUAAUCCUGCAGUGUUGCCUGAUUUCUAGGUGUGAGAUAGCGAGCUGACCUUCAGUGUCCUCACAGGGAGUGGUCCUACCAUUGUGACAGACCCUGCGUGUCUCCUGUUCCUGCUAGCUUUUGAGCCAUGGGCACAGCUCCUGGCCUCACUAGAGAAGGUAAUGAUGUGGAGUCCUUCCCGAGCCGUGUGUGCUGUUUCCCUUUUGUAGGGGCUGAGACUUUCAUCUCCCACAGUCCUGGGAGCGGGGCUUCUGGGCCUCGGGGAGAAGGCAUGCUUCGAACUCGACUGCUGAGGUGGUGUGGAGCAGAGAGCAGCAGAUUUGCAUGCUCUUCUGAAGGCUUUCCUGGCCACAGGACUGUUUCAGAGCUGUGCCCUUGUGUGCCUGAGCUUUGCUGCACUGGCCGGUCAUGCAGUCAGCUGCCUGUGGUUGCUCCCCAGGGCUGAGCAGAAACACCUUGAGCUGGUGAGCAGUGUCUUUCCUGGGAUGUAGCUUAGUGGUACCUGUUGAUGAGCAUCUCUCCUCAUCCUACUUCAGAACAUCUCGUAGAAUCAUAUAGAAUGGUUUGGGUUGGAAGGGACCUUUUAAAGGUCGUCUAGUCCAACCCCCCUGCAAUGAGCAGGGACAUCUUCAACUACAUCAGGAUAAUAAUAAUUUCCUUAUUAAUAACGUGUAAAUAAAUACUAACCGUGUGUGACUGUC